AUGCAGAGGCAGCAAGAGGGCAGCCAUGUGUAAGCCAGGAAGAGGGCUUCUGUAAGCCGCUCUGACUCUCUGAAGAAAACAAUCCUGUCAGGAUCCUGAUCUUUGGACUUCCAGCCUACAAAACUGAGAGAAAAAAAUAUCUUUGUUUAAACCACCCAGUCUGUGGUAUUUUGUUCCAGUGGCACUAGCAAACCAAUAAAAAAGGUGUCACAUUUUUGUUUGUUCUCUAGCUUAUUUUAACAUCAUUAGGUUUCAUUUUAAUUAUACAGAGGCCCUAGCAUCUUGUUUUUUUUACUACUGUUCUUUAACUAGUCCAGAAAGGAUGAUAAUAACAAAGUGGUAAAACUUAAAUGAAUUAAUAUUGUUUCUUACAGGUUUUUGUGUUAUUAAAAAUUACUUGCCAUGAUAAGAUUUUUCAGGUUGAACUUUCUCUAAACCUUUUGCCAUUUAUAAAAAGUACUGAGGUUCUUUGUGAGGGUACUAGAUACCAAGUUCCAGCAAGCCAGCAGCUGCAGUUGUUGCAGUUCUGUCUUCAGCUUCACGAUGUCUCCAUUGGCCAAUAACCUGCUAAGUCAUCUCCCAGUUCAAAGCAUUCAGCAAAUAACGGCAAGGCAGAACCACCAGAAACAGACACCUGACUUCCAUGACAAAUAUGGUAAUGCUGUCUUAGCUGGUAGAGCCACUUUCUGUGUUACACAUACAGCAACACAGAUUGGAACAGAAUGGAACCUGUCCCCCAUUGGCAGAGUCACCCCAAAGGAAUGGAAAGAUGAGAAAUCAUCCCAGCUGGUAUAACUGUCUCAAAACCAAUUCAUAAUUGAUGCCAAGUGAAGGCACUGUGUACCCACUAAAAUAUGGCAUGAUCAAAGAAAUAAAGUACAUUUAAAACCUUC